UUAUUUUCCUGUAAAAUGUUAAAAUUGGUCUCACUUUUAAGCCUGAAAUGUUUUGAUAUCAAGUAUAAUCUUCCGGUUAAUGGUGUCCCAUUUGCCUUCGCUUAAAAAUAUAGAGUUUACGAGUAAAAACGGUGUCUAUGUUCGUUUAUUAGCUUAGCCAACAGUCGCUAGAUACCCCAUCCAAGCUAGCAAUAAACCGGCUAACUAGUCUUUGGCCCUUUAUCAAAAAUAUUGCAAUGUUUAUAUUCUACAGUAUGAUAUAAAUGUUUGUACUCUACUGUAUGAUAUAAUGAACUGUAGGGUGAAGUUGGAGCCUCUAAUUUAUUAUCGUCAUCUUGUUUUUUUCCCCUUGCUACAUCGGAUUUUCCAACACCAACGAAGUUGAAACCCAUUGUUGGUCCAUCAUGGGAGCUUACUUGUCGCAACCCAAUACAGUGAAGUCCUCUUCCAAUGGGGGAAACCAAAAUAUGACCUAUGGCUUUGCGGCCAUGCAGGGCUGGCGUGUCUCAAUGGAGGAUGCUCACAACUGCAUUCCAGAACUGGAUGAUGAAACGGCUAUGUUUGCUGUGUAUGAUGGACAUGGAGGUGAGGAAGUAGCAUUAUACUGUUCCAAGUACCUUCCUGAAAUCAUUAAGGAACAGAAGACUUACAAAGAUGGCAAACUGCAAAAGGCUUUGGAGGAUGCAUUUCUGGCCAUUGAUAGCAGGGUGACCACAGAGGAAGUGAUCAAAGAGCUUGUUCAGAUAGCUGGCCGCCCACAAGAGGAAGCACCAAAUGAAAAAGUGGCUGAAGAAGAUGAUUUGGAUAAUGAGGAGGCAGAACUUUUGCAAGAAGAGGCCACCUUGACCAUUGAAGAGUUACUCGUCCGCUAUGGACAGAACCUCAAUGCGAUUAAACACAAGAAGCUCUGUCCGGAGGGCAAAAAAGAGUCUGGGGAAGAUGAACCACAUUCCCAUGGGGAGAAGGGCAUCAACGGAGAAGUGGAGAGUGAGGUAGACAGCAAUCGGAAGGCUGAUGGUGCUGGAAGUGCAGCUGGUGGUGCGGGAUUCUCCAAGCUGCGGGCCAGGAGAGCAGGAGGGGACAGCUCUUCAGUGACAGGAGCAGCAGGGUCCUCUGAAGGAGAAAAGGAAACCGGGCCCUCCUGCUCCUCCUCAGCAGCUCCGGCUCCAGGAGACACCAGCUCAAAGUUCUUUGAGGACAGUGACGAGUCGGGGGAAGAGGAAGACGAGGAGGGUAGCGAAGAGGAGGAUGCCAGUGAGGAAGAUGAAGGUGAAAACAGUGACGAGGAAGAAGACACUGAAGAGGGGGAGGACUCUGAUGAAGAGAAUGAGGAGAUGUGCUACCCUGGAAUGGACGGAAAAGAAGAGCCUGGCGCAGACAGUGGCACUACAGCAGUGGUGGCUCUGAUCAGAGGGAAACAGCUGAUUGUGGCAAACGCCGGCGACUCCCGCUGUGUGGUGUCUGAGAAGGGCAAAGCCAUAGACAUGUCUUACGACCACAAGCCAGAGGAUGAGCUGGAGCUGGCCAGGAUAAAGAAUGCUGGUGGAAAGGUCACCAUGGACGGUCGCGUCAACGGGGGACUCAACCUCUCCAGGGCCAUCGGCGAUCACUUUUACAAACGAAACAAGGCCCUUGGCCCAGAGGAGCAGAUGAUCUCCUCAAUGCCUGAUGUCAAAGAGCUCACCCUCAACCCAGAGCAUGACUUCAUGAUCAUUGCAUGCGACGGAAUCUGGAACGUCAUGAGCAGUCAAGAGGUUGUAGACUUUGUCAGUCAGAGAAUAAAGCCUAAUGCCGAUGACGCUGCCAGGCCUUUGUCCUCCAUAGUUGAAGAACUACUUGACCAUUGCUUGGCACCUGAUACAUCUGGAGAUGGCACAGGCUGUGACAACAUGACCUGCAUCAUCAUCACAUUCAGCCCUCACCCUGGCAGCAGCAUGGCCGACGGCACCAAGAAGAGAAAGCCUGAAGAGAUUGUCCCAGAGAAGAACGGGAAUGACAGCAAAAAGUCAAAAAGCGAAUAGAACUGCCAACAAGUACUCCAGUCCUUUUCACAAGCCAGAACUUUCCCAUCUCUGAAAAGUUUGAAGACCAUGGUCUCUGCGAUAGGAUGAGUUUUUAGUUUAAUGUCCUGAGACUGAAGAGAAAGUAUAAAAGUAAAAUGGCCUCUUUGUAAUUAUUGAUUUUGCUUAACUGUCCUACUGGAAAUGUGUCCUGUGAAUCCUAGUGUACUGUUUUUGUCACCCAUGCCCUUUAUGUAUAUAAUUUUCAAUAUUUGUUGAUGGACGAAAUGCAUCUUUGUAAUUGUAGAUCAAUGUGACAUGUUGGUGCAUACUCGUUUGACACCAUUCUGUAAUUACAUACAAAUACAUUUUUAUUUUUUGUGUGACAAGUGACAUCUUGUCUACUUACUUUAAAAGGACAAUCACUGUUUGCAUGAGUCAAAUGUCCCCCCAGGCAAGGAACAAACUCCUCAACAGUUCAAUAGAUUUGAAACUACUCUAUUCACAUGACAUUUUGUACUAUCUGUAUUUAAUUAAUACAUUUUACAUUCCUUGCACUCGCAUAUUCCCAGAACAAUUUGCCAACCACCUGAGUUGAGGCCACUAUUUAAAUAUCUGCCUUUGUCUCAUGACUUGGUUUGCACAUAAAGAUGGUGGGAACACUGCCUUACAUGUAGUUAAUUAUGUUCCAAAUAUAGCAAAUGCUUUCGAAGGAUUUAGUAUAACUAUUCAUGGGACAAAAGCUUCUCAUGUAUCUUUGUAUCCUUGACUGAAAUGUCCAGUUAAAAGGUUAACCCAAUUUUUUUAGUACAUUUUAUUUUGGUACUUUUUGAGAACAUUGAGUUUCACUUAAAAUCACAUGAAGUAUUUUUUCCCCCCUAAAUCAAUAAAGUUGACAAAAACCCUUUUUAUUUAAUCAGUAAUGGGGAUGGAAAGGUUGCACAAUCAUGUAGCAAAGCACUAAAGCAUCAUGCCAAUCGUUUCAUACCGCAAGUGGUUUGGAGCUAGCCUGGGUGGGUACAAGUCUAUUUGUGAUAUCAUUCUACUCCUUGCCACUCCCCUUGUCAUGUUAGGUGGUGGAAUGAUUGCACAAACAGACUUGUACAAAGGCUAGUUGGAACUACCGUGCCCAAAAUACUAAUAAGCUCAGUUUUUUGGGGGGGUUAACAUUUUAUACCAAGUAUCUCCAACAGCAAAUUGGUUUUCUACACCACUCAAACUCAUACAUUUUCAAGAUAUGCUACACUACAGAUAACAUCAGAUAAUACAUUGUCAUAAUAGGUAUAUAUUAACCAGGUUUACCAUUACUCUUAAAUCUGCUCAUAUGGCUAUGGUAAAAUUGACAGUAUAAACAAAUGGAAAGUACAUAAAACAUGUUGGGCCUAGGUGUUUUGUUCUACCACAUAGGGGUUCUGAUGAACAUCCCCAUCCAUCUGUGAGAAUCGGCCAUCUGAAACAAUAAUUGCAUCUAUAAUAAACACAAUCUGAAUGUAACAUAGCCAGUAGACUGUGGUACACACCUCUUUGUGCUCGAUUAAAGUACACCCUCAUCUUAUGUGCAGUAACAGAAAAUCUACAUUUUUUAUUUUCUUCUGCCUAUAUUUGUCAUAAGCAAUACUUAUGCUUACCUGCAUUCUUUUAUGAAGAAAUCUCAACUGUUGGUUCAGCAACUCUAUUUCCUAUUAAAAUAAAACAGAAUUCAGCCGA